GAAAUGUUAGUUUCAGAUCUUAACAAUGUCAAUAACUAUUUUACCCCAGGAUACUGUGCAUCUUCUAAAAUCAGGACAGGUUAUCUCCAGUGUAUACGGAGCUGUAAAGGAGCUGGUGGAGAACAGCCUGGAUGCAGGCUCCACUAAUGUUGAGGUUAGACUGGAGGAUUACGGUCUCGCCAAACUGGAGGUCAGAGAUAAUGGAGGAGGAGUAGAAAAAGCUGAUGUACCAGCAAUGGUGCAACCCCACUCCACCAGCAAAAUAGCAUCCUUCGCGGAGGUUGAGAACGUUCUCACCUACGGGUUCCGGGGAGAGGCUCUCUCUGCUCUCUGUGCAGUUUCAACUCUUCAGAUCACUACCAAGACAAAAACAGAUUUGGUCGCUUCCACAUUUUCUUUUAAUAAUGACUUCACUAUCCAGAAAAUUGUUUCACAGGCUGGAAAACCCGGUACAACCGUAACUGCCAGUAAUUUAUUCUCAAACCUACCAGUGCGCCGCCAUUACUAUAAAGACGUACACCGGAAGAAAGAAGAACUAAAGAAAGUUGAACGCGUGAUUGCCGCGUUUUCGAUUAUAAACCCUGGAGUUAGGUUUUCAAUUCAUCAUAAUAAAAGCAAUAUUUUCGGCAAGAUUUCCUGCUCCACACUAAGUCAAAGCUUUGGGGCGGUCUUAGGACAAACUAGUCGAACAAAAAUGAACGAAUUCAGUUUAGAGAUAGAUCCUGUUACUGGUCAGGUUACAGAGCAGCUUGAUCCUGAUGCUUUGGUUAAACUGCAUUCAUUUAUCAUCCUUCCUAAGAAGUUUGCUGGUAUGGGAGUGGAGCUGGGAAGAACAGGUCCCGAGAAAACAUUCAUUUUCAUCAACAAGCGGCCAGUGGAGCACAAGGAACUGGAGAAGGUUCUAAAACGUGUGUUUAGCUCCGCAGCAGGGUUAGAAACGGAGAAGUAUCCUGUAAGCUUGCUAAGUAUUACUGUCGGAGCAGAGGAGAGAAAACAUAUGGAUGCAAAUCUUGAACCCAACAAGCAAAAAGUAGGUUUGGGUUUCUUAUCUCAGCUGUGCAGUGGCCUACAGGAAUACCUUGAAAGAAUGUAUGGACUGAACAAGAACGGAGCUGAUCUAAUCACAGCAGAUUCAUCGAAGCACAACACAACUAGUCCAGAAUCUUGUUUUACUAUGAUCGGAGAAACCCAGCCCUGGCCGGAGGACAAGGAGAAUAUUGAUCAUGGAACAGUUUCUCAAUUCUUUGCUAGACAUCAGGGACAGAAUAAUGUUGGGACGGGUUCAGAUUCUUCGGAAACUCAUGCAAUUCAACCUGAGACCUGGGAUGCUCGGGAUAAUGAGGAUGAGCCUAGAAGUAGUCUUGUUUUAAAACCUGAAAUGUUUCAGACUCCAGAACUACCAGGAUUGGAUGCAGUUUAUAUUAAUAGGUUAAAGGAUGGAGAUUUUACCGAGGUUGAUGAAGAGGAUGAACUAGAUUUCGAGGCUGGGGAUUCCGGAUACCAGUUACCCGAGAACCCGUUCAUACAGUUUGAAACCGAGGUCGGAGAUAGUAUGGAGGACUGGGAGGACGAAGAGAGGUUAAACACUGACCUCAACUCAGUUGGAUUCAGUUCUGGAGAUAUUUCUGGUUCAGAGUUCGAAAAGAAGGCUCAAGGAGGUCAAUCAUCUAUUUCGGUCUCUGCUUGGGCUACAGGUAGGAUGAAAUCAGAGUGUGGUGAAAUUCUUCAGCCUGUUAAACUCCAUUCAACUUCACACAAUCUUAAUACUGGUUUUACCUCUGGUUCUAACUCCGGUCCUAAACCAUAUCUUCGCGUAGAACCGGAGAAAAUCCUUCAAUCUUCUCCUGAAUCUGGACCUACCCGGAGAAAUGAACUGAAGAAAAGGAAGUUUGACGAGUCUACUCCAAGAAUUGAUAUUUUUCUCCAAUCCUCCGCCAAGAAGAGAAAAGAAAAACCAGCCUUGCAACCUAAAACUAGAGUUGUCUCCGUCCCGUUUAAGUUGAGUAUUUGCCGACGGCGGAAAGCGGAGGAGACAAUUAAGUCAGGCCUGAUAGGAACCAUUACAACAGAUAAAGGGGAGGGUUGGGUGUAUUCUGGAGACGGAGAAUUGAACUUAAUCCAUCCUCUUCGUCUGAAGGAAAGAAUGAUUUAUGAUCGCUUGCUUGCAUCUCAUCCUCUUCCAUCAUCCAAACUUACAGAGCCCAUCAUCCUUCAUCCAGGAAGUUUGGAGGAUGUUCAGGUUCAAACUCUUCUAUCCCUCUACACAAACACAAAACAGUGUCCUGCUCGUGUCACGGAUACAAGGUUAACCCUGAACGGAUUCGAUAUUGCAAAGUACGAUUUACAAGAUGGAGAUUCUCUGUUCAAACUGGAGGGAACAAACACAGAUAUUCAGUUCUAUGGUUUAGCUGAUCUCCAGGAAGUUCUGAAUCUUAUCUCUAAAUCUCAAGUAGAUUCUGUGUCAGCGUCCAGGUAAAUUUUGGCAGAUAUUAUGGAA